CUCACGAAUAGUAAAGAGUUCUUUGCAGUAUACGCUAGUCUGGUGUGGAAUCUUGUUUUCAAGCCCGUUACUGCGGAAGCCACCCUCGAGUUGAUACCCUCGCGGGCCAUCACCUUGAGUGAGCGAGUUUUUGGGUGCACCCUCUGUCUUAAUACCCCCGACCGACAACGCCCGUCCGGCCGUCCACAUCUCUUGAAACAUUCCUGUGGCUGUCGAAUACCCCGGUGAUGGCGGCUGCAGAGAUCGUAAAGACCGAUCUACUGAUCGUAGGGGCUGGCCCAGCCGGGGCUUCGCUCGCCUGUUUCUUGGCCGCACAUGGGAGAACGGGGAUUAUUAUCGCCGCGGCCCCGGGCACGGCCGAGACCCCCCGUGCGCACAUCACCAAUAUGGCGGGGCUUGAGUGCCUCCGAGACAUUGGCCUGGAGCAGGAGUGCCUGGACGUGGCAACGCCUAGCCACCACAUGGCGCACACCAGAUGGUGCCGCAGCAUGGCCGGUGAGGAGUUCGCCCGCGUCUAUUCGUGGGGCCACGACCCCAAGUACAAGGGCGACUACGAGCUGGCGAGUCCGUGCAGCCAUGUCGACCUCCCGCAAACCCUCCUGGAGCCGAUCCUGACGAAGAGGGCCCUGCACAAGGGCUGGACACUGCGGUUCAACACCAGGUUUCUGCGGCUGACCCGCCCGGAGCCGGACGUCAUCAUCUCCGAGGUCUUCGACGAUGUCACGAAGACGACGUACAAGAUCCAGUCUCGGUUCCUCUUCGGCUGCGAUGGCGCCCGCAGCCAGGUCGUCCGCGAGCUGGGCAUCCCGCUCAUUAAGAAGCCCGGCCAAGGCCUGGCGCUGAAUGUGCUCGUGCGCGCCGACAUGUCGCACCUCGUCGCCAACCGGGUCGGGAACCUGCACUGGGUGUUCCGGCCCGAGGAGAUGGACUCGCCGCCCUGGGGCUGGGCCGCCAUCGUGCGCAUGGUCAGGCCGUGGACCGAGUGGAUGUUCAUCUUCCUUCCGGCUCCGGGCGCCGACCUGACCGCGGACGACAUGGACGCCAGCGACGAGGAAUACCUGGCUCGCGUGAGGGAGUUGAUCGGCGACGAGUCCGUCAAGGUCGAGCUGCUUCACGUCGGCAAGUGGGCCAUUAACGAAACCGUGGCCGAGUACUACUCGGAUGGCAACGUCUUCUGUUUCGGCGACGCAACGCACCGCCACCCCCCGUUCAACGGCCUCGGAUCCAACACGUGCAUCCAGGAUGCCUUCAACCUCGCGUGGAAGAUCGACUACGUCAUGUCCGGCAAGGCCGGCCGCGCGCUGCUCGACUCCUUUAGCCAGGAGCGGCAGCCCGUCGGCGUCGACAUCAUCACGCGCGCGAACCAGGGACUGCGGGACCACAUCCACUGGCAGAAGACGCUGGGCAUGCUGGAGCCCGACGCGGCCAAGCGACGCGAGAUCCUCGCCGAGUUCGACGACCCGGGCGAGAAGGGCCGCAAGCGGCGGCAAGACUUCCAGCGGGCCAUCGAGACCACGACGACCGAGUUCCACGGCCUCGGCAUCGAGAUGAACCAGCGCUACGUCUCGGCGGCCGUGUACCUCGCCGACCAGGGCCCGCCGCCGCCGCCGCCCGAGGACAAGGUCCGGACGCACCAGAUCACCACCUACCCCGGCCGCCGCCUGCCGCACGUCUGGCUGAACACGCGGUCGCCGGGCAAGCGCCUCUCGACGAUCGACCUGGCCGGCCACGGCCGCUUCUGCCUGCUCACGGGCCCGGGAGGGCGGCCGUGGAAGGACGCUGCCGAGGCCGUGUCGGCGGCGCUGGGCGUCGAGAUCGUCGCCUACUCGAUCGGGUGGAAGCAGGACUACGAGGACGUCUACUUUGACUGGGCGAAGAGGCGCGAGGUCGAGGAGGACGGCUGCGUGCUGGUCCGUCCCGACAGGUUUGUCGCAUGGCGGUCGAAGGCCAUGGUGGAUGCGCCGGCUAAGAGGCUCGAAGAAGUGAUGAGGAGCAUUUUGGCGCUGUGACUGCUGUAGCCUGUUUCCGGGCGAAGAUCGACAAGUAUUUUGACGGAUGGAUGGACGGUUGACGUUGUUGGUCCCUAGAGCAUGAGCGAGCUUUGGCUAGAUGACAGAUUCGCCGCUUGAGCGCGGUCCAUUAAUAGCUGGUAGCUGGAGAUUCUGAGUCGAGUACAGUUCACAAGUCGGCAUUCCCGCAUGGUCAAACUUGUUUGCGCGUGGGUCGAUGGG